AAAUCUGAAAUAUAAAAUUGUUCUAAUUUUAGAAUAACAAAAGGAGCUGGGAAAGUUGGAGACCAUAAAGUAUAUUCAGUAUCCAGAUCAGGAGAUCAGCAAACCAGGAAAUGCACAAUUUUGAGGACGAGUUAACGUGUCCCAUUUGUUACAGUAUUUUUGAAGAUCCUCGAGUAUUACCAUGCUCUCAUACAUUUUGUAGAAAUUGUUUGGAAAAUGUUCUCCAGGCAUCUGGUAACUUUUAUAUAUGGAGACCUUUGCGAAUUCCACUCAAAUGUCCUAACUGCAGAAGUAUCAUUGAAAUUGCUUCCACUGGUAUAGAAUCCUUACCUGUCAAUUUUGCAUUAAGAGCAAUUAUUGAAAAGUACCAGCAAGAAGACCACCCAGAUGUUGUCACCUGCCCUGAACAUUACAGGCAACCAUUAAAUGUUUAUUGUCUACUAGAUAAAAAAUUAGUUUGUGGCCAUUGUCUUACUAUCGGCCAACAUCACGGUCACCCUAUAGAUGACCUUCAAAGUGCCUAUCUGAAAGAAAAGGAUACACCUCAGAAGUUGUUUAAACAGUUAACUGACACACACUGGACAGAUAUCACUCGUCUUAUUGAAAAGCUUGAAGAACAGAAAUGCCAUUCUGAGAAAAUGGUUCAAGGUGAUAAGGAAGUUGUUAUCCAGUAUUUUAAGGAGCUUACUGAUACAUUGGAACAGAAAAAAAAAUAUUUUUUGGCAGCUCUCGGUGAUGUUGGCAAGCUGGUUAGUCAAGAAUACACUCCACAGAUUGAAAGGGUGAAGGAGAUAAGAGAGCAACAACUUGAGCUAAUGACAGUGACAACAUCUUUACAAGAUGAGUCUCCACUGAAGUUCCUAGAAAAUAUUGAUGAUGUCCGCCGGCGUGUGCAGAUGUUGAAACGAAGACCACUGCCUGAGGUGCAGCCUGUUGAAAUUUACCCUCGAGUAAGCCAAGUACUAAAAGAGUGGAGCAGAACAGAAAUUGGACAUAUUAAGAAAGCUGUCAUUCCUGAAAUGAGAAUUGCUUCAAAAAGGAUGUCAUAUUCCUGGCCUGAGAAGGAUGAAAAAGAAAUGGAAUUUUUUAAAAUUUUAAAUAUUGUUAUAGUGUCACUAAUUUCAGUGAUAUUAAUGUUGAUACUCUUUUUCAGCCAACACAUAAUCACCUUCUUAAAUGAAAUCACUUCAACAUGUUUCUCUGAAGUCUCUUUGUCUCUUUACCAAAGUUUAUCUAAUAAUUUAUAUGACUUAAAAAAUACGGUAUGCUACACUUUAUAUUUGUUAAAGGAAUUCAUGUGGAAAAUAGUUUUUCGUUGAAAACCCAAAUCAGCAGUUUUAAGUGGGCUUAUUCUGUAUAGCAGAGGCUAACCAUUGCUAGAUGGAAGUCGGUAGCAAAAGUAGCAAAUUUAUAGAAAUAUCAUAAGCCUUCCAUGGUUGGAUAGAAAUGGUGUCAGAAAUAAUACAUUAUCUGAAAGAUGACUCAUCCACUUAGAAAAUUAUAAUUUUUGAUAUGAAUAGUUUAUUUGCUUGAUAGUGUUUUAAAUAUUCUUUAACAAAUUUUUUUUGUUAUAUGUUGCAGUAGUUAGCAUUGCAGUUCUUUGUAUAUGUAGGUAUUAGAUUAAACAAAGCUUUUCAAUGUAUAGAUGGAGGUGGUAAAAGUUAUAAAAAAUCAGGCCAGGAUUGCUUAAACAUCUUUUUGGUCAAACAACUGUUAAAGAUUUAAGAGCAUUCAUUCCAAAUAGAGCCACCGCUUUUGGAUAAAUCAGGUGUCUAGUACUAUUUUAUAUAAACUGAUUGCAUUUAGGAGCUAGCUGAGUUUAAUGGUUGGAGAAUCUCUAAGUCAGGGUCAGCCUGGAUAUCAUAUUGAGAUCUCCAAAACCAAUCAAACAAAAAGGUUUAGUGGCAGAGCCCCUGCCUUUUCUACUGGCUCUAGCACCACAAAGCAAAACAAGUAUAUAUUUUGCUUUUGUAGUGUUUUAGUCUUCUUAGAUUAAACUAUAUGAAACAUUUACAUUAGGACAAUCAUGUUGACGUGAUUCAUUUAAUAGAUCUGGUAUCAUGUAAACUAUAUUUGUCUUAAAAUGGUCUCUGUAGCCCUAAAGUGCUGGGAAUUAUAAGUAUGAGCUGCCAUAACUGGCUAGUCUUCAAAGAGCUCAUUAAGUCAGAACCUUUAAUUCCCUUAACAGGGACUACUAGAAUGAUAUUUGCCGCACAACUCUGGUUCACUGCCAUUGAAAUAUUUUCCAGAAAUCCCUUGAAUCACCACCUGUGGACCUUAUUUUAGAGGUCAGAAUAAGAAUGUUUUUAGCCCUAUUGAUUCAUUAUAGAUAAAGCUGUAUUCAAGUCAAGGUUAAAACAAUGCUGAGAAGUUUAUCACUAAGAUUAAGUCAUUAGGUCUACUUAACAGAAUCAGAUUUGAUCCAGCAUAAUUUCAAUAUCCUGAGGCCAUUUGGAACAGGUAAUGGAGGGGAGGGGGAACAAUGUUCAGUUAACAGACACAUGUGUCACACGUGAGUGCUCUUUUUAAAUGUUAGCAAGUGAAGGUUAGCUAAGACAUUUUUCACGGGGUUACUAACUGUAUAAAUGAGAAACCCAAGUAAUGCAGUGCCAUGUUAACAGGUGGGAGAACUCAUUCUCAAUAUGCUUAAAAAAAUGGAGUAGGCUAAGAUUGUUUAUUAACUGAAACUUACAUUUCAAUCUAAACAAGCAUAUGCCUAGUGUUACCUUAUACCGGACCAUUUUUAGUACACAACCCUUUGUUUUCUGGUAAGAGUUACUAUACUUACUAUUUUAUAUUUGUCCCAGGCGGUUAAGAUCAUACAAUUUAAAGCACACACAUUUGGAAAUUCUGGGUUUUAUGUGUAACAAUAUAUUUGAAUAAACUUGGUAUUUUAGUGAA